UACAUAGAUAAUGUCGUACUCGUAUGGAGUAUAUUUCUCUGGCGCGUUCAAUUUUUUAUAAAAUAUAAUGUUUUCAUCAUAACGAUAACAUUUAACGUAGUUAUUUUAUUGUAGUUUCUGUUCUAUUUUGAAUAUAUUGUAUAUAACGUUUCAUAGUCAUAACAACGUGUACUUGACAUUUUGCUGAUUAUCUUCUUUUAGGUUAUGUUAACGAGUUCAUAUUUAUUGUAUAAAUUAUAUAAACAAUGACUGAGGGAGAAACUGAGAAUAAUUGUCGGGUCGUAGAUAUACCAUACCCAUUUACGAAACGGAAAGUAGAAUGUGCAGGUGGUGCAUACCUUCGAUAUUAUAAUAUAAAAUGUCACGGCGAGGAUACAUUAUUGUUCACAUCAAAAUCAAAAGAUAAGGCCGAAGAAAUAGUGUUUGAAGACGAUGUUGAAUAUUUGCGAAGCUUAGAUCCCAAGGAGUGGAAGAAGCAGGAUCACUACGCUGUGUUAGGUAUAAAAAAGUUGCGUUACGAAGCUUCCGACGACGAUAUUAAACGUGCGUACAGACAGAAGGUGCUGAAACAUCACCCGGACAAGCGUAAAGCCCUGGGCGAAGAGGUGAGAAGUGACGAUGACUAUUUCACGUGCAUUACUAAAGCCUACGAAAUUCUUGGUACACCAAAAAGUAGAAGAUCUUACGAUUCUAUUGACCCCGAGUUUGAUGAUUCUGUACCCACUUCCAGUGAAGUUAAAAAAGACGGAUUUUUUGAAACCUUUGCUAAGUACUUUGAAAUUAAUGCUCGUUGGUCGGAAAGAAGAAAUGCGCCUUUAUUGGGCGAUGAAAACAGCUCCCGUGAAUUCGUUGAAAAAUUUUACUCAUUCUGGUAUGAAUUUGAUUCCUGGCGUGAGUUUUCUUAUUUAGAUGAAGAGGAAAAGGAGAAGGGGUCUGAUAGAGAGGAACGAAGAUGGAUAGAAAAACAAAAUAAGGCAGCUCGUGCAAAACUAAAAAAAGAAGAAAUGGCAAGAAUACGUAGUCUCGUAGACUUAGCAUAUGCAAAUGACCCAAGGAUACAGCGCUUUAAGCAAGAGGAUAAAGACAAGAAAUUAGCUGCUAAGCGUGCUAGACAGGAUGCAAUACAAGCUAAAAAGGCAGAAGAAGAGAGGAUAAUGAAAGAGGCACAGAUUGCCAAGCAGAAGGCAGAGGAGGCCGAAAGGGCAAGAUUAGAUGCAGCGAGAGCUGAGAGGGAACUCAUAAAAAAGAAUCUGCGUAAGGAGAGAAAAACAUUUAGAGACCUAUGCAAAGCUAACAAUUACUAUGCUGAAAAUGAUGAUGAAAGUGUUUCACACAUGGCUGCAGUUGAAAAAAUUUGUGAAAUGUUGAAAAUAGUUGAAUUACAAGAUCUAACAAAAGAUUUGGAAGUAACUGGACGAGAGGCAUUCUUAAAUGCAGUUAAAGAAUCUGAAGAUAAACUUGAAGCAGAACGUAGAGCUUUGUUUGAAACAAAGAAGGCAGAAGAACAGAAAAUUAAAAAAAAUGCAGCUUUAAAAGCUCCUCUCGAGUGGUCCGUAGAUUCAACACAAUUACUUAUUAAAGCUGUAAACCUGUUUCCCGCUGGUACAAACCAGAGGUGGGAUGUAGUUGCGAAUUUCUUAAAUCAACAUGGAACCUUUACUGAUGACAGACGUUUUAAUGCAAAGGAAGUUUUAAAUAAAGCCAAGGACUUGCAGAGUUCAGAUUUUUCAAAGAGCAGUCUCAAGAAAGCAGCAAAUGAGGAAGCCUUUGAUCAGUUUGAAAAGGAUAAAAAGAAAGUUGUUAAUGUUGUUAACGAUAAUAGUAUUUCAAAGAAUGAUACCUCUAAACUAGUGAAUGGCACAGCUCGGCCAAGAAUUAACGGCGAUAUUAAAGAAAAAGAAGCUAAAGAUGAGAAGCCAUGGACAAAAACUGAGCAAGAGCUUUUAGAGCAGGCCAUUAAAACAUUCCCAGUAAGCACACCAGAGCGAUGGGAUAAAAUUGCAGAUUGUAUUCCAAACCGAUCCAAAAAAGACUGCAUGAAAAGGUACAAGGAAUUAGUUGAAUUAGUUAAAGCCAAGAAACAAGCCGCCAAUAUAUCUAAAUAACAUUUAAUUACAGCAUUAGUCCACUAUCAAAUUAUAAAUGACAAUUUCAACAAACCUAAAAAUAUGUGCACUUUGAGUUAUUUCAAUUCUUAAAAAUAAAGAAAGCAUUCAAAAAUGAUUUUACAUAAGAAAAACUCAAUAUAAUGAUAGAAUAUAUAUGAAUAAAAUGGUUAAUCUUCUUGCAUAAUUUUUAUUAGGUAUUUAAAAUUAUAUUCUAAAAAGCAUAUAUGAGAAACAAAAUAUCUAAUAUGAAAAGGUUGUUCACAAUAAAAUGUGUGUAAGUAUAAGCCAUUUUAGUAAUCUUCCAGUUAAAAAUAUACAAACAUUGUAAUCUCAUGAUUUUUCACAUUUACAUUACAAUAUUGAGAUUGUUUUUAAACUUAUUUUCUUAAUUAUGAUAACUAUUAUAUAUUUUUUUUUAACAGAAAUAACUUAGUACAUGUAUACAUGAUUAAUUUUUAGCAAGCAGUUUAAUAUUUAUAAAAUUUUCAAAUUUAAUUUGAUAGUGUUUCAUUUGACUGAACUUCUUUUAUUAUUUUGUUUGUAAAUUAAACCUAAAAGUACAAUAAUUUGGUAUUUUCACGUAUCUAAAAUUAAUCAAAUAUAAUGAUUAUUCAGCCCACUGUAUAGAUAUUGUAAAGUCUCAUACUGUAGGUAUGUUUGUUUAAUGUAUUGGCAGAUUUGAAUCACUUCAAUAUGAGAACGCACUAGGUAUAUUUUUGUAUUUAUGUUUACUUUGUGAUGAAUUAACAUAGUCAAUUGGUAAUUUA